AUGGCACGAAUGAAAGAAACAAACCGCGCCUCAGGCAUCGCUCAAAGCCGGAUUGCGACUACGCCAGCCGAUCGCCUGCGAGUAGCCAAGCAACAGCUCCAGAGUUCCAACAACGCGCAGACAAAGUUGCACACCAUGUUCGAAGACAUGAUUCAAGACCUCGAAGAGACCAACAGAACUCUGAUUGUUACCGCGAACUCCCUGUCCAGUUCCCAGGCCGCACUGAGUGCAACCCAUGGAGAGCUCGCUACGGUCAAGAACAAGCUGGACGCGACCACGAACGAACUAGCUGCGGCGAAGUUCAGUCGCGAUCAAAACUAUGGUUGGUACAUUCACGAAUAUGAGGAACACAAGAAAACCAUAAGGGAUGUGGCGACACUCGAGGGACGGAUCCAGCGACGGGAAGGCGAAUUGGCGCGCGAGAAGGAAAAGGCCAAGACGUAUGCGGACUCCGAGAAGCAGCUGAGGCAGGUCAAGAAGCAGUGGUCCUCAUUGUCCAACAUUCUCUGUCACGAUCAAGCCAAGGGAUAG